AUGCCAUCCGCCGCGCCUUCAUCGGCCAUGUCUCUGUCCAAACCUACACCUCACCCGACAACACUUGUAAUCGAACCAAAGCCAACCGAUGAUGACGACCUCGCCAGCGACUGGACGUUUCCACCCAUGACAACUCCCUGGACUGGCCCUCCCGAUUGUACAUGGACUUAUGACGCAAACCACUUGUCAAUGUCUGGGAUGGGAGGUCUCGAGGCCAUGCUAGACCUUCAGCCGAUUGCUGGAGCAAAGUCACUAUCGUGUUAUCCGGAUGCUAUGUUCGAGAAUGGCCUUACGGGUGUUUAUAGUCCGGGUACUUGUCCGCAUGGAUGGACUACUGUAACUCUACGUAUCGAACCUAGCGCAAACCGGGACGACGAGACGACUACAGCCAUCUGCUGCUCAUCGCAUUAUACUUUGGAAGGCAGCCUGUGUAAACGAUCGACUUCUUCCGUGAUAGCUGUCCCUUACACUUUCAACCAAACAGCGCAGACCUACGAUGCCCAUUCCGAAUCCGCCACUACUUUAUACAGCGCAACGAUUGCUGUCUACACUAUCCGGGCCCUUUUCAAGGAUAGAGACAAGGAUGCUCUAGGACUCAAAGACGAGGACGAUAUUCCAGGCGUUGACCACCAUAACGACACUCUGUCUUUGGGCGAGCGAAUUGGCAUUGGUGUUGGCGUUGCAAUUUUUGUACUGCUAGCUGUUGGAGGAGUAGCCUUCUGGCUCAUUCAUCGAGAGCGAGCCCGGACAGAAAAGAGAAAACCACACGAGCUUAAUGCAGUGGGCAACAUGCGCCAUAGUUCUUCAGCGGCAGGCGAUGACUUCUACGCUGCUGCCGAUCAACGAAACAGGGGUCGCGGAAAUACAGAGCCUCCUCCACCUGCGUAUGCGGCUACAGACUCGAACAGUAUGACAGAGAACGAUAGUCGUCUAAGCGAGGAUACAACGACGCGAGACGAGGAGAUCCGAGCGCUACAGAUUCAGAAGGAAGCAAUUCAGCGUCGUCUGCAACAGCUAGAACAGGCUGAUAUACAGAACCAAACAGACAACCGAAACAACUAA